GCAAAAAAGGACAAAGAAGUAAUGAUCACGAGUCGUUUCAUCAAGAUGGUGAUCAAGCCUUAUAUGUUUGAAUGCAUACUUCUGAAUCCCAUACUGGUUGAUGAAUCCCGUGUGGAACUAUCGGGAAGUCAGGCACGGUUUGUACUCAAGAAAGCUGAGGCUCAAAUUUGGGGGCGUCUCUUAUCUGAAGAAAUGAAGGACAAACACAAAUUAAUUCAACUAAGAAAUGAGGCGAUCAUUGAACACCAAGAGCGGGAGAAGGCAAAACAGGAGGCUAAAUUGCAAGAAAUCAGAAAGGGAGAAAAGGAUUCAUUGAACAAAGUGAUGAAACUCGAAGCGGACGAGAGGGAACGGAUUGAAUCCGAAAAAAAAUUUGCCGGUGAGAAAGCGGUAGAGGAACUCGUUAAAAUACAUCAACAAGAACAAGAGGAAAAGGCUCAAUUGGAUCAAAAAAUCAUAGAGGCCCGGCAGCUUGCAAAUGAAAUAACGGAGCAACGUAUAAUGAUAACUAAAAGUCCCGAGGAGAGGAUUGCACUUUCAUUGAACGAAAAGCCGAUUGAACUUCCAGUACGAACAUCCACCAACAUAACGGUGAAUUUUACGCCGCGCAUUUUCCCCACUCCUGAACGCGAAUCAGUAAAACAAGAAGAAGAAGAGUGGUUGAAUAAACAGGCAGAGCACAGGAGAGCUAUGCUGAAAAAAGUUGUUGGUGAUCAAGAAAUGUCAGACAAGGAGUUAGAUCCACAGUGGCUACGGAAUAAAGGAGACACACUGUUUCGAGCGGGAGACUUUGAGGCUGCCGUCGAGGCUUACAGCAGAGCUAUUGAAAUCAAUCCGAAAAUGCAUUCAGCAUUUUCAAAUCGUGCCGCUUGUCAUUUGCAACUAAGAAACUUUUUCAAGGCUCUUGAAGAUAGCUCAACGGCACUGGAUUUAUGCGUCCCAGCAGUGCCACAAAAUCUACGCUCACGCGUUCGUGCACACGCUCGUCGUGCGGCAGCCUUUUGCAAUCUGAAGAUGUUCAAAGAAGGAUUGAUUGAAUACAGAGCUGCGCACCAGCUUGAUCCAUCGGACUCGAGCAUUGAGGCUGAUAUGCGAAAUAUCGAGAAGUACCUGAACCAACUUGCAGCCGCAUAAUUUCUGUCGCAAUUUUGGCCGUCUUAAUUUUAUUACGUCGUUUUCCAAUUUCGAUAAAGACCUCAGGUCUUGAAGUCUGUGAAUAUAUGUACAUAGUGAUAAAUAAAAGCGAGAGGCAUCUGUACCCAAAUAAAG